AUGGCCAUGAACAUGAAGGCCCACGCACUAUGCAUGUUGGUCCUUGCCAUUGCUGCAGUGACCGCCCUUGGCUUCAGUAGCGAUGAAAAUGUUGUGCCCGGCAACGCGCAAUGUGGAGGCAGAAGGAAGUGCGGCGGUGGCCUCUGUUGCAGCAGGUUCGGGUACUGCGGCCUCGGUGGCGACUACUGUGGUGUCGGGUGCCAGAACGGCCCGUGCUAUAGAAUAGCCAACGUUGAUGAGAAUGAUGUGCCCAGCAACGCGCAGUGCGGAGGCAGAAGGAGGUGUGGCGGUGGCUUAUGCUGCAGCAGGUAUGGGUUCUGCGGCCUCGGCGGCGACUACUGUGGUGUCGGGUGCCAGAACGGGCCGUGCUAUAGAACAGCCAGCUACGAUGAAAAUGCCCUCCCCGCCAACGCGCAGUGCGGAGGAAGAAAGAAGUGUGGUGGCGGCCUCUGCUGCAGCAAGUACGGGUACUGCGGCCGCGGCCGUGACUACUGUGGUGUCGGGUGCCAGAGCGGUCCGUGCAGCAAAGCGGCCGACGUCCUCUCCGAUGAAAUGAUGUAG